AUGCGGAAAUUAAGAAGCAAAAUUACGAUAUUUUUAUUUAUGUACAGCAUUGCAACAACUGCAAUAGUGUAUCAGAAUUACAUAUUUAUAGCUAAUAUAUUUAAAAAAUAUAGAGCAUUCGAAUGGUUAUGUAAAAAUGAAAAAGAACAAAGGGACAAUGAUUUUUUUUUAUGUAAAGAGCAAGAAAAUUAUAUACAAUUUUUACUAGUUACAGGGUUAAUUAUUCAAUUUAUAUCAGGCUCAAUUGGUAGUAUAUUAAUUAAAAUUUUUUCGAAAAAAAAAUAUAUUUCACAAGUAGCUUUUAUUUUUUUAUUUAUCGGAUGGACCUUAUUAAGUGUAGCCUUGCAUUAUUCAAAAAGUUACAUGGACAUUUAUGCGCUCAGCGCCGCAAAGAGUAGUUAUCAUAGCGACGUAACGAAUAAUCGUCAUAGCGGUGCGCGCAGUAGUGCACACAUCAUAGUGACGGACAUGCAGAAGAUGUUUCAACUGAUCUCUCUACUCUUUAACAUUUCGUUUAUUUGUUUCGGAAUUGGUUCCGACAAUUCGUACUUACCCAUUAUUUACUACAUUAAUGAAAUAUAUCCAGUUAAAGAUAACAUUAUGGAAAAGUCGAAUAAGACAGAAAAGAGCAAAUUAAACACAUUCAAAACGAUUAUGAGAAAUAAAAAUUAUAUACUAAUUAGUACUAUGUCCUCCUUAGCUGUUUUGAGUUUAUUUGUUGGUAAUGUGAUAAUCAUUACAUUGGACUUUUUAGAAUUUAAAAAAAAUGUUAUUGUCAUUAUUCUGGUGUAUAUAUUGAUAUGUAUAUUCCCCUCCUUUUUCAUAGCUAAUAUGUUAGAGUAUAAAAAAAAUUAUGUACAACAAACAAAGAAAGAAAUAGAUGAGCAGGAAUAUUCAGGUAAAUACAUUCAUGAACAGGAGAAUAGUUAUAAGCAUAUAUGUAAUAGUGAUCCUGCGAAAGAUAUUGCAAAAAGUAUAGGAAAAGAAGAUAUUAGUAGCAAUGCCGUUAUUUAUAUAGUGAAUUAUGAAAAUCAAGACAAUAGUGGGAAAAAUAAAAAUGAAAAAUUGGAUAAGUGUACACCUGAAAAAAAUGUCCAUUUUGAGGAGAUUAAAACAGAUGGUGGUAGAAGCACAUGUACAUAUAUCAAUGAAAAAAAAGAGGAAAAAAAAGUGGAAAAAAAAGAGGAAAAAAAAAUGAAAGGUUUUUUUAAAAAUAUUAGCUGUAGAACUCUGAAGAAACAACUUGUUUCCCCAUUUUAUAUAUUUAUUGUAGUAGAAUUUUUUAUAAUUACAUUUAGCAUUUGUUUUUUUAUGUUUUCGUUAUUUGAUAUAUACGAAAAUAAUGUAUUUGGAAAUACAUUAAAUAUAUAUUCUCUUAUUUUACCCUCCAGUUUUAUUAUCACGUUAAUAUUUGGAAUAGUAGCAAAUGUUAUCAGUAUUUAUAAUUUUAUCAGUUUUAAUUUGAUACUAGGAAUUUUAGUAUUCGCGCUAAUAUUUAUUUAUUAUAAAACAGCUAGUGUUAUCAUUGGAUACGUAUCUUUAAUUAUUUAUUUUUUUCAUCAAAGUUUUUUUGCAAAUCACAUGUACAUGUACAUGUCAACUGUAUUUAAAGAGGAAAAUUUCUCAGUUUUAAUUGGAAUUAUUAAUACGUUUGCAUCCUUUGCUUUUUUUUUGUCUUUUAAAAUAUAUGAACAUAUCAAAUAUCAGAAGCAUAAUAGUACCUAUAAAGAAAUAAUAACACAAGUCAUUUUUUCUUCAUACCUUAUAGUUUUCUUGUUUCAUAUAUUCUACAUAAAAAGAAAUGCACAGAGCUCCUCCGGCAUACCCAAUUUUUCGGUUACCCCUUGA